AUGCCUUGCCUUCCGUGCCCUGCCUUGUCCGAGGAUGAGAACGAUGCUAGCUCAGAUUUCCCUGAGAUCUUCUCUAAUAAGGCCUUGGACAUCGGUUCCUCCACCACACUAAGCGACUCUUACUUAUCUAGCGAGUCUGACUUUGAGGAUGGAUUGGAGUCUGAAGAUGACCUAGCACUAGACGACGAAGAGAAGCAACUUCCACUAGAACACUAUCUCUAG